GUCGACUCACUGACCAGCCAUCCCGCCCCAGCCCUCAGUCCCCUGAUCUACAGCUUCUCUUACAGGGUGUGAAACAAACGGACUGCCAAGAUGUCGGAGAAGAAGAUGUCAACGAGUCGUAAGCACAAUCUGAAGAGCUUGAUGCUCUCGAUUGCGAAGGGUCUGUUGGAGGUGGAGGAGAGGGAGCAGGAGGAGGAGAGGGUGAGGUACAUGGCAGAGAACUGUCCCCCGCUCUCUCUGCCUCACAGCACACAGGAAUUACAGGAAUACUGCAAGAAACUCCACCACCAGAUCGAUACGAUCGAUGAGGAGCGAUACGACCUGGAAACGAAAAUGAACAAGUGUGCCAAAGAGAUCGAGGACAUGAAGUUUAAAGUGAUCGAUCUGAAGGGCAAGUUCAAGAAGCCGGCCCUGAGGAGGGUGCGCAUGUCUGCCGACGCCAUGCUCAAGGCCCUGCUGGGCUCCAAGCACAAGGUCAACAUGGACCUGAGAGCCAACCUGAAGCAAGUGAAGAAGGAGGUCAAGGAGGAGGACAAGGAAAUGCGCGACGUUGGCGACUGGCGUAAGAACGUGGAGGACAAGGCCGGCAUGGACGGCAGGAAGAAGAUGUUCGAGACAGAGGCGGCUCAGUAGUGGCUUCUGCUACCUUGGCUGCUUGGCGCUUUCCUGAGUUGCGCUCGGUUUGGUCGAUUCGCGCUUUUACCCGAUUUUGGGCCUUUUUAGUCUUAAUGAACAUUCUCCUGGGUUAUUUACACAAAUUGGCGAUGCUCGGUUGUUUGGUGUGUUGAGGUUGGGACAGGCGCAGAGGCUGGUAUAGUAUCUGUAGCCAUUUUAGGUUUUUCAUCUUUUCCCGCCUCUGCCCAUUUUUUUCAACCUUUGAUUUGAAACCUGUUGCGUUUGCCUGCCGCUUUAAAAAUGGUUUCACUCAAGUGGGGAAAUAUAUUUUGCUGAGAAGUAUAUUUCAUGUAAUUUGCAGCAUGUGUAAAUAAAUGAUUUGAAGGAUA